GUUAGUGGUUGAAACCCGCGGUUUACAAAAAACAAAUACUACUGGAAGAAGUCUAGUAACCGAUUUUAAGAUCUGUUUUUAACCGAGUCCGGAUUAUUCGUGGGUAUCGGGGCUUUGUUAACACUACGGUAACAUUAAGUCAGAAUAAAUGCUGCUUCAUAUAACCGAGGAAGUCUUGUCGCGUUAGUAGCAUUAGCAUUAGCAGAUGGCUAGCUAGCCAGCCAGCUAGGGCAGUGGAGGUAGCGUUACCUUGUCAACUAGCGUCAACUAAAACUGCCUUUACCUUUAUUUAUCCAAACAGGUUGCACGGGGCUUGAGGUUAUAUCAUUGUCAAAUCAGGCUGGUUAGCCAUCAACAUCAUGUCGCUUUCGCAUGAGGCUUCUUUUGUGGCUACUCAAACCAUCGGAGAUAAAGAACAGACUAUUUGUGUGGUUCCCGACCUCUCUAAUCUCCUGGAGGAUGACUUUGACUUGAAUAAGUCCUACCCAUGUACUCAGAAGCCGCUAUACAAGAAGAGACUUUUAGCAUUGAAGCGUCGCUAUUAUUACGGUUCACUGACAGGGGAAGAUUUGGAUGUUUACAGUUCUUUGGGAACAAGAAACCACAUAAUCCCUAAUUUACGUCCUGGCUCCCAAGUUUCUUUUGACCCACUGCCUCACCUGUCCAACCUGUCAGAGGCAGAGGAGAGCAUCUUCAGUCAACUGACAUCUGGAGAAUUUGGCCUGUCUGGAUAUCCAGCUGUCCUUAACCCAAACAAAAUCAUUCUUACUGUAGCCUAUAAAACCAGAGAGAUCUUGUCAGCUAAUGAACAGGCAUGUAAACUAUUUGAGUCUACCACUAAUGAGCUGAUUGGGAAAAAGCUGUCAUGUGUGUUAAAGAAAACCAGCCAGGUCCUGGGAGAAGCUUUGGAAGAAGAUUUUCCAUUUGAGGACGGAACUGUUACUGCAGUGUCUGGAAAAGUGGUGGAUGCUGUGACAUUAUCUGGAGAGGUUCCAGUUUCUGUCUGUACCUACAGACAGCCACAGAAUGAAGAACAUUUGCUUGUCAUGAUGGAAAAUGUGGAAAGGAUAUCAGCCUUUUUGUCCUUUUCACAAGAUGGCAGCAUCCUAACUUGUGACUUGGCAUUUGCGCAUCUCUUUGGAUACCACCAUCCCGAGGAGUUAAACGGAGCGUCUGUUAAGGAGCUAAUCCCUUCUUUACAAAUCCCCCUGCACAGUCAUGCAUUACCCAAAAUGCUGAGGGUCCAGAGAGUGUGCGGUAAAAGCAGAGGAGGCGCAUCUGUCCCGCUAUGUGUCAAACUUGAGGGGGCCGUAAUAUGUGGAAAGCCCCAACGACAGAAGAAUGGGAGUGGUUGCACCUGCCCAACAGAUGGAGGUAAACUAUCAGAUGUAGAGGGAAAGCAGCCAUGCUCCUCACUCAUGUCUGUGUGCAAGACAGAAGCAUCACCCUCUGAACCCUGUAAGAAAGAGCAGCCCUUAGAAAUCAAAGAGGACAGAGUUGUCGUCUCUCCCAGCCCAACAUUGGAGUACUCUGGAACGGUUUGGGUGUUUGCUCCUAUGAGCGGUCUCCUCCUGCUCCACCCUGAUGGCUCAAUCUUCAGCAUCUACAACCACCUGGCCCUCAGUCUGUUUGGCUAUAGCAAGGAUGAGCUGCUGGGAAAGAGUGUCACUUUUCUGAUGCCCGGGUUCUUUAGGUGGAUGUCGGACUCGGACAGAAAGGCCUUCUCGGAUUCUCAUGUAGAGGCUGGUAAAAGUCCAGCCUCGUCCAAAAUAUUAGGAAAAUCUGACCCUUCCUCACUGGUGGCAGGAGACAUGGCCAUGGUUCAACAGGCCAUUAUGGAAAGAACCUCCACAGCACGAGGAAGGAUCUUCACUGGAACCAGCACCAGGCUGGAGAAACAAGGCAGCGCUCUGUCGACACUCUCUCCUCCUGCAGUCACCUCCACACGUGUGGUUGCUCUCAAUGACACUACAGAGCUGAUGGAGGAAGCAGCCCAGGUAGCUCCCUGCUGUAGCCAGCUCGACAGUGCGGAUACCACCCAGGCACUACUGAAGACUUUUGCCUGGGUGGAGCCUCCAGAUGAAGACACCUGCUGCUUGAUUCCCACUGAGGCAUCACUACAUUACGGAGAACAGCAGCCAAGAAAUGAGGCUCGGGAUGAUAAUGAAGCUGCCGCUGAGAUUAUCCCAGACACUCCUGUUCAAAACGAAUGUGCUGCUGGCAGCGAGCGUGGCCAGUCUCCUGGUGGAAAAGACCACCGUUCAUGCGCCUCUGUCCUCCAGGACUCGAGCUAUGAGGUCAUCUCACUGGAGAGCAGAUCUUCCUCUGGCUUUUGUGAAAAGUUUGCUGGCCACGGUGGCUCUGAUCCGGCCCAGAUAGAGGACUCUCAUUCAGCACAUGUUGUGGACUCAGCCAGCUGCUUCCUGGACCUCAACAGUAACGGUGAUCUGAUUACCCGGGAGCUGGCCAACCUGGAUCUGAGCGGUAGUGUGGAACUGAUCAGCAGUGGAGGGUACACUGAUGACAACCAACACUCCAUGAUAUCUUGCGAUACAGCUGAGCUCCUGCGGACGCCCUCCCUGUGCGUGGUAGGGUCUGACCAGGAAACAGAGCCUGUGGAGGCUGCUGUGGAGGCCAGAAAUGGCUCAAGUGAAGCAGCUGACCAGGGAGAACAAGAUCAGUGGGCAGGUCUAUCUGCAAUUGAUAAAGGAAAGAGCCAAGACUGCUGCUUACAAAUGAACAGCGGGGUUCAGCCUGUGACAGACAUUCCUGCCACGUCAACUCCUAAGAAACAGAAGGUGAAUGGACACACCAUGUCCACAGACACGGCACAGAUACUGGAGGGGCGAUUUGAAGGGAGUGGAUAUCACAGAGACGGCACAAGAGUAGAUGUGCAGUGUGAUGUUUGUAGGACAAACCUCCCUGAUGGAAGCUUCCUGUUCUGUGUGUGGAUGAAAAGGCCUUUCCACCAGGGGGCGCUGUUACAAACUGAUCGGUCACUGCACAACCGAUCAGGAGCCAGUCCAGGAGAGAGGAUUGGUGAGGCCAGUCAAGGGGAGGCGCUGCGCUCCACCAUGGACCUUGAUCAGUCUAGAGCCUGUGACGGGCAGUUUGAAGAAGAGUACCAGCCGCUCAAAGCUGUGGGUAAAGGCGCCUUCGGUUUUGUCUGGAAGGCAAUAAGGCGCGAUGACGGAGAAGAAGUGAUAGUGAAGUUCAUCAGGAAGGCCAGAAUAGUCAGUGACUGCUGGGUAGACGACCCCUUGCUGGGUCGAGUGAGCCAUGAGAUUGCUAUACUGACACGAGUACAGCACCACAACAUCGUCAAGGUUCUGGAGGUGUUUGAGAACGACAGCUACUUUCAGAUGGUGAUGGAGAAACACGGGGAUGGUUUGGACCUUUUUGAAUUCAUAGACAUGCAGCCGCGGCUGGAUGAGCCCUUGGCGAGCUACAUCUUUAGACAGAUGGUGGCAGCUGUCUUCUAUCUGAGGACUAAGAACAUCCUUCACCGGGACAUAAAAGAUGAGAACAUCAUCAUCGACUCGUGUUUUCACAUUCGACUGAUAGACUUUGGCUCUGCUGCCAUGAUGGCACCCGGGAAGCUCUUCUACAAUUUUUGUGGCACACUCGAGUACUGCUCCCCGGAGGUUCUUCAAGGAAACCCCUAUGAGGGUCCAGAGCUGGAGAUGUGGUCCCUGGGUGUUUUGCUCUAUACUCUGCUAUUCAGCGAGAACCCCUUCUGUGACGUGGGGGAAAUCCUGGAUGCUAAGCUAAAGCCUCCGUUCAGCCUCUCUCCAGAGCUGCAUGGUAUGUUAUGUGGGCUUUUGCACCCUGAUCCGGCUCGAAGAAUGAAUUUAGACCAGUUGCUGCUACAGCCCUGGAUCAGCCAGCCCAUUUCCCUGGCAGAGUAUAGCUGGGCAGAGGUGGUUCCUGCAACUCAGAGAUACUACUCGCCACUGAAUCGAGACUCCAGUCCUAAAACACUCAUCCGGCCAGGCUUGUUCCCAGAUCAUGGCGAUGAGACUUUGCCUGAGGAUGAAGAGGAGGAAGAUGAGGAUGAGAGAUUAUCUAUGGUGGCCCUGGAAACUGAGCUCCAGAAGUACCUCCACGAUGAUUAGAGGCUGAAUUUUAUUAUAGUCAUGCAGAGACAAAUGGACCGUUAUUGUCACCACUGGUUGGUGACAAUGUGUUGUUGACAGAUUUCUGAGUUCAGCCCACGAAGACAAAAUGAUUACAGCAUAAUGUAUCUCCAUUGUUUCCUCUAUUUAGUCACUUUUAUUUAUUCUUUGUAUUGUUGAAAAACAUGCAGCAAAGUAAUAGCCAUGAUUACCAUGACAGCCAGCUCUGUUACCAAAAUCCACAAGUAACCAUGAGUUCACCUUUAGAGAAUUCACACAAAGCUGCAGGGACUCUGGAUUAAGCUCUUGAUAAAUAAGUGGUGUGUCAGGUUUUUAAUAUUGUCUAUUUUAAUUGACAUGUAAGUUUAUUUACAAUAUUUUAUCUAUUUAUUUUAUACAAUAAUAAAUAUCUUACCACAAA